CAUACAGUAUAGCAUAAUAACAUCUCCUAGUCAUCAAGAAUAUGUUUGCCUAGUCAUGCAUCUCUAUCCACUCCCCCUUUAACAGCUGGAUCCCUCCUCACCCUCACUUCACAUGUAACCCUACCCCCCCAACCACCAAUCUCUCCGGCGUCCUCCUCCUCCGGCCGAACACCAAUUAUCACCUACUCAACAGGCUUUCUCAUUCUACCAACUUUCCAGCUUCAAAUUUGUGAUUUUGUAUGGACACAGUCAACAGUUGUUAGAAAUUAAAGCAGCAUCUGUCGUUUCAGAAAUUGGUGUCGUAUUUGUUGACCGAGUACUUGUUGAUAACGUCUAAGUCGUAGGCACUUAACCCUUUUAGGCUUCAUUCUGAGUUUUUCUUUGUCGAUAGCAUGGGGGCUGGGGAAGAGAGCUCACCUGCUAAGCCUUCCAAACCUGUUUCAGCUCAGGAAACACCUCCGCCUUCAUAUGCUGAUUGGUCAAACUCGAUGCAGGCUUAUUAUGGUGCUGGAGGCACUCCGCCUUUUUUUGCAUCAACGGUUGCUUCUCCGACUCCUCACCCUUAUAUGUGGGGAGGCCAGCACGCCAUGAUGUCACCGUAUGGGACUCCCGUUCCAUAUCCUGCUCUAUAUCCACCAGCAGGGGUUUAUGCUCAUCCUGGCAUGCCUAUGACCCCAGGUACCGCACCGCCAAUCGUAGAAACAGAAGCAAAGGCCUAUGAAAGCAAGGAGCGGCCUACAAAUAAAAAGUCAAAGGGUACUUCAGGAAACGGCAAUGGUAGAACUGGAGAGACUGGGAAGGCGGCAUCAAGUUCGGGGAAUGACGGCGGUGCAACCCAAAGCGCUGAAAGUGGAAGUGACGGUUCAUCAGAUGCAAGUGAGGAAAAUGACCAACAUGAAUACUCGGGAGGCAAGAAAGGAAGCUUUAAUCAGAUGCUUGCAGAUGCUAAUGCACAGAAUAUCAAUUCUGGGCCAAAUAUUCAGACGCCAGUACCUGGAAACCCUGUUGUUUCUAUGGGCGGUACCAAUCUAAAUAUGGGGAUGGACUUGUGGAAUCCAUCUGCCGGAAGUGGAACCAUGAAAAUGCGACCGAAUCAUUCUGGUGCUCAUACAGCGGUCCCACCACCAAUGAUGCCUGAUCAGUGGGUUCAGGUGCAGGAUGAGCGGGAAAUAAAGAGACAAAAAAGGAAGCAGUCUAAUCGAGAGUCAGCUAGGAGAUCAAGAUUGCGCAAACAGGCUGAGUGUGAAGAGCUACAAGCGAGAGUAGAAGCACUAAGCAACGAGAACCAUUCCCUCAGAGAUGAGCUGCAGAGGCUCUCCGAGGAAUGCGAGAAGCUUACUUCUGAAAAUACUACAAUUAAGGAAGAAUUAACUAGGUUUUGUGGACCGGAGGCGGUUUCAAAGCUCGAUGCGCAUCUUGAAUCUAGGGCAGAUGAAGGUAACAGUUGAGAAGAAUGCAAUAGCUAAACAAGUUAGUAAUUCAAGGUUUAUAAAGUUAGGAGAAACUCUUGUUCUGAGUUUGGGAACAGUGACGGUUAGGAUCGAUCGCGAGAACUCGUAUGUUGUUGUGGCUUACCCUUUUGUGUUUUGUUCAUAUACAUGUAACUGUAGCCCUUCUUCGUAUCUAUCUAUCUAUCUAUACUUCAAAUAUAGACUUUCUGUU